AAAAGGAAAUAAAUAAAUAAUUAUUUGUUGCUUCCUUUUGUGUAAAAUUCAGAGAGAACUGUCCACCCUUUUUCGUUUUUCUCCUUAUUACAGACCCCCCUUAAUUGAUGGUGCUCUGUAUCCCCUUUUUCUUCUGCAAGAACUACACCAACUAAACCUUCUUUUUCAACUUUUUUUUGGAGGCUGGUGGUUUUUUCUUCCAAUCCUUGAGGAAAACUAAGAAAAAGUGAGCCAUGUCAGGCUUGUACAAUCCCAACUUCUCUCCUGCUAGAGCUGCUUCUCCUCAGAUUAGGAGCAAUCCAGACGUGGACAGUCAGUAUCUAUCAGAGUUGCUGGCAGAACAUCAGAAGCUUGGACCCUUCAUGCAAGCUCUUCCCAUAUGCAGCCGCCUCCUAAAUCAAGAAAUAUUAAGAGUUUCAGGAAUGUUAUCCAACCAAGGUUUUGGUGACUUCGAUAGACUUCGGCAUAGAAGCCCUAGUCCCAUGGCUUCUUCAAACCUUAUGUCCAAUGUCAGUGGAACAGGGUUGGGUGGAUGGAAUAGCCUUCAGCAGGAGAGGUUGUGCGGACCCCCUGGAAUGACAAUGGACUGGCAAAGUGCACCUGCAAGUCCUAGUUCAUUCACUGUUAAGAGGAUAUUGCGCUUGGAAAUUCCAGUAGAUACAUAUCCCAAUUUCAAUUUUGUUGGAAGGCUUCUGGGGCCUAGAGGCAAUUCCUUGAAACGUGUAGAAGCUACAACUGGGUGUCGUGUGUAUAUUAGGGGAAAAGGUUCAAUAAAGGAUCCAGACAAGGAGGAGAAAUUAAGAGGAAGACCAGGCUAUGAGCAUCUCAAUGAACCCCUGCACAUUUUGAUUGAGGCUGACUUACCUGCCAAUGUUGUUGAAAUAAGGCUCAGGCAGGCUCAGGAAAUUAUUGAAGAACUUCUCAAGCCUGUGGAGGAGUCACAGGACUACAUCAAGAGGCAGCAGUUGCGUGAACUUGCUAUGCUGAAUUCAAAUUUCAGAGAAGAGAGUCCAGGGCCAAGUGGCAGUGUGUCUCCAUUCAACUCCAGUGGAAUGAAACGCGCAAAGACGGGUCGCUGAAAGUUGUCGUCGGUGGACGGUGUAGAUGAUGAGUAUUGUGGUCCUCCAGCUAUUGAUUGCUGGGAAUAUCUUCCAGUACAUGUCUGAUUCCAUGCAAGCUAUGAAAGAAUAGGCUAACAAUUCUUGCUGGUUAGCACUCUGCUGGUUUUUCCUCACCCUUUUUGUUCCUGAACAGACAGGAGACAAAGCUGGAAUGAGGAAGUUUUAAAAGAGAAAAAAUUAUAUAGUUGGGGGUAUUGAGAAUAGGUUUGUUCAGACCAACCCUUUUUUUUUCCUUGCAAACUUAAUACAUUCAUUGAAUUUAUUCUUGCGUCAGUUACUUUUGAGAAGUGUGGAAUAUAUACAUGUGAUGGUUGGUGGUGAUGGUGGUGAAGUUUUAGGUCCAAGACAAGUGUUUAUUGGCAUGUGACACUGUCAAAGUCUCAUGGUGUUUUAAUAUUUAUGAUAAGCUAGCAUAGGAUGGAUUCUUUUUAGUUGUUUGUCACAGGCAUUUGGUUUCUCUUCGGAGGGCUAUGCACUGUAGUUGAAAUUAUGCAUGUCAGAUAAACUUCUUACCAUGUACCAUUAAAAGAACAAAUGUGGUAUUUGUUUAUAUAGAAUGGUACAUUUAAAUCUUUUGCAA